UCCACAUAACAAAACGGUAACAACAAUUUAGAAAGAGAGAGCUCUCACUUAUUUCUCUUGAUAGGCAUACAUACGCCUUCUGCGAUUCAUUUUCAUGAAAAUCCUGCCCCCGCGCACGUACAUAUAUGUAGAUUGAUUGAUUGAUUGAUUGAUUGAUUUAUACGUUUCUGCAUGGAGUGGUGUAUAAAGACCGCGAGCAGAUCGGCGUCGACGGCGUUCUCGCCGGAUGGCACCUACGUCGCGGCGGGGACAAUGGCGGGCGCGGUGGAUCUGCAAUUUAGUUCCUCCGCCAAUCUGGACAUUUUCGAGCUUGAUUUUGCGUCGGACGAUCGCCAGAUGGUCUUGGCAGGCUCCGCGCCGAGUUCCGAGAAAUUCGAUCGGCUUUCAUGGGGGAAAGGACCUGCCAAUUCCGAGGAAUAUUCAUUUGGCCUCAUUGCCGGUGGCCUCGUUGAUGGAAAUAUUGCGCUUUGGAAUCCCAAGAAUCUGAUCAGUAAAUAUAAAAAGGGUAUUGAUACGAGCGAGAAUGCUCUAGCUGGAAAUCUAUCAAAACACAAAGGAGCAGUUCGUGGCUUGGAGUUCAAUUCUCUUACUCCAAACCUUCUUGCUUCUGGUGCUGAAGAGGGAGAUAUUUGUAUAUGGGAUGUAUCAAAACCAUCAGAACCAAGUCACUUCCCACCACUCAAGGGUAGUGGAUCUGCAGAACAAGGUGAAAUUUCAUUUUUGUCCUGGAAUAGUAAGGUUCAACACAUACUGGCCUCCACUUCAUAUAAUGGGACAACUGUGGUCUGGGAUCUGAAGAAGCAAAAGUCAGUUCUAAGUUUCUCUGAUUCAAUUAGAAGGAGGUGUUCUGUUUUGCAUUGGCACCCUGACAUUGCCACCCAACUUAUUGUCGCUUCAGAUGAAGAUAGAUCACCUUCUCUCAGGCUGUGGGAUAUGAGACAUAUAGUGUCUCCAGUAAAAGAGUUUGUUGGGCACACCAAAGGUGUGAUUGCAAUGUCAUGGUGCCCGCUUGACAGCUCUUAUCUGCUUACCUGUGCCAAAGAUAACCGUACUAUUUGCUGGGAUACUGUGUCUGGCGAGAUUGUGGCUGAAUUACCAGCCGGAACCAAUUGGAAUUUUGAUGUCCACUGGUAUUCUACGAUUCCUGGACUUAUAUCAGCAUCCUCGUUUGAAGGGAAAAUUGGUAUUUAUAACAUUGAGGGUUGUGGUCGAUAUGGUCUUGGAGAGCGUGACUUUGGUUCAGCUCCACUGAGGGCCCCAAAGUGGUACAACAAUCGUGCUGGAGUAUCAUUUGGUUUUGGAGGCAAACUUGUGUCUUUUCACUAUGAUGAAUCUUCAGAGGUCUAUGUGCACAAUUUAAUUGCAGAAGAUGGUUUGGCAAGUAGAUCUUCUGAAUUUGAAGCUGCAGUCAAGGAUGGGGAUAGAUCAUCCCUGAAACUUCUGUGUGAUAAGAAAUUUCAAGAAUCUCAGUCUGAUGAGGAUAGGGAAACAUGGGGCUUUAUGAAGGUUAUGUUCACUGAGGAUGGGAUAGCAAGGUCAAAGCUUCUUGCCCAUCUUGGUUUCACUCUUCCAGUUGAAGAAACCAAAUCUACAAACAAUGAAGUCUCUGAGCAAGUGAAUAGUCUCUCUAUUGAUGAGAGUGUGACAAAUAAAGAAGGAAUUUCUGGAAAUAAAGAAUCAUCCUUAUAUACAGCUGACAGUGGGGAAGAUUUCUUCAACAAUCUUCCUAGUCCCAAGGUAGAUACCCCUUUGUCAACUUCUAAUGAUGAAUUUGUCAGUGGAGACUCUAUUGCAGAAUACCAACAUGAAAUGAAUGGCCAAGAGGAGAGUUAUGAUCCUUCAUUUGAUGAUGCGGUACAAUGUGCUUUGGUCGUUGGGGACUACAAGAAAGCAGUUGCACAAUGCAUUUCUGCAAAUAGACUGGCAGAUGCUUUAGUCAUUGCUCAUGUCGGUGGUGCCACCUUGUGGGAGCACACACGUGAUCAGUACCUCAAGUCAAGCCAUUCUCCGUACCUAAAGGUUGUUUCUGCCAUGGUAAACAAUGACCUCAUGAGCAUAGCAAAAAGAAGGCCCCUAAAGUCUUGGAAGGAAUCCCUUGCACUAUUCUGUACCUUCGCUCAGGCAGAUGAGUGGAUCCCGUUAUGUGACACUCUUGCUGCUAGACUCAUCGCAGCUGGUGAUACAGCUGCAGCAACACUCUGCUAUAUAUGUGCUGGGAACAUUGAUAAAGCAGUGGAGAUGUGGUCAAAGAACCUUACAGAAGAGCACAACGGUAAAUCCUACAUAGACCGUCUUCAGGAUUUAAUGGAGAAGACAUUUGUCUUUGCUUUGGCUACUGGACUGAAGCGAUUUAGCUCUUCAUUAUAUAAGCUAGUUGAGAAAUAUGCUGAAAUUUUAGCAAGCCAAGGACUCCUAACUAUGGCAAUGGAGUACUUGAAUCUUUUGGGUUCCGAAGAAUUGUCUACUGAACUUAUCAUCUUACGUGAUCGUAUAGCUCUAAAAAUCAAUCCAGACACAGAGAUUGAGAAUACUGGGGCUUGUGAUAAAACUCAGUUACAAACUGGACCUGCCUAUAGUGCUGAUCAUUCAAGUUAUGGUGGCGUUCAUACACCUCAAAGUUAUUAUCCACAUGUAGGACCACCUCAGACGGAAUCAGCUGUUCCAAGCAGUCACUACAGUGAAAAUUAUCAGCAAUCAUCUGCUUUUUCCUUCAAUAGGGACUACGGUGCGCCUCCCACAUAUCAUCCAGUUCCACAACAAAAUGAUGUUCAACCUGGAAGAUUUGUUCCAUCUCCUCCUAUUCCAGCUCCAGUGGCGCACUUUCCUCCUCCUGUAAAUACUCAGCCUCCUCCUGUGAAAUUUACCCCUUCUAACCCUCCUAUGUUGAAGAACUUGGAGCAAUAUCAGCAGCCACAAACUUUGGCUUCUCAGUUAUAUCCAGGGACUGCUAGCGCUGCUUAUCAACCUGGACCUCCUGGAAUUGGAUACGGAGCUAAUACAUCUCAAGUUAGACCGACUCCGGUGCAAACAAUGUCCCAGGUCUUGGCUCCUACACCAUCUAGAGCUUUCAUGCCAGUGAGUAGUCCAGGGGGGCAUGGCAUGAAUUCAUCGCAACCUCCUAGUCCUAACCAACCUGCUCCUGUACAACCACCCGUCGUUCCUGCUGCUCCCCCACCCACUGUACAGACUGUUGAUACGUCAAAUGUACCCGCGUCACAGAAGCCCGUCAUCACUACUUUAACAAGACUCUAUAAUGAGAUAACUGAGGCAUUGGGAGGACCGCGGGCAAAUCCAGCUAAGAAACGGGAAAUAGAGGACAACUCGAGGAAGUUGGGCGCCUUGUUUGCAAAGUUAAACAGUGGAGACAUUUCAAAAAACGCUGCAGAGAAGCUCGUACAAUUAUGCCAGGCACUCGACAAAGGUGAUUAUGGCACUGCCCUCCAAAUCCAGGUUCUUCUCACCACGAGUGAUUGGGAUGAAUGCAAUUUUUGGCUGUCAACGCUCAAAAGAAUGAUGAAGACAAGGCAAAACUUGAGAUAGGUAAUUAGAUCAUCUCCUUCACUCGCAGAAAUUCCUAUUCACCAUCAACUUUUUAUGGUUGUAUACAGGUAUUGACAUCUUUAGAUAGCAUGCUUGCAUUUAAUGCUUCGAUUUUACUGAAGACGAUGAUAGAUUUAAUCAAAUAGAUUUACAUGCAUACCCGCGUUUAUUUUGAGCGCCAGCAUAGUCGUGUGAUUUGUACUUUUUUGGUUAUAUGUAAUAAAAGAAAUAUUUGUGCAUAGAAAAUAAGUAAAUAAAAAAAAAACAUUUUGUUUCG